AGAGAUCCCUUUGGACAAGGAUUUGGUCACCUCCAUAUUAUUUUUAAUCAGAAGCAGAGGAAAGGGUUUCUCUGUAAUAAUAACACAGCCUGAUCAUUUUAUAGCACUUCAGGAUUCAGCAAUUACUUAACACAACGAUGAAGUUAUGCAUUAACUGGAUUUAUGUCAAUCAACUCUAUAGUUUCGUGAACGUUUUUUUUUUUUCUGGAGGUUUAUGGCUGAUAAGAUGUAACUAGCUCACAAGUUAGCAAUCGCUCAACAGCAGAGUGAAGUUAAGCAUUAACGGGAUCUACACUUACAAACUCCAAACCCUCACGAAAAGGUCUUCCAGAACCUUAUAUCUGGGAAGCUGUAAGAAUCACGCUCAGAGAUUACCAUCUAUUUGCUGUUUAUAGGGAGCAUCACCUCUAUUCUCACCGAUCGUUAGAGGUGAGAGAGACGAAAAUAUGUCCGCUGCUCUGGACGAGUACUGUGGGUCAACUUUUUGGAAUGCCUCGUUCCUGGAUAGCAAUGAUCCGGACUUGCCGAUGUGUGUGGAGAGAACGGUGUUGGUGUGGGUGCCGCUUGGACUCCUGUGGUUAUGUGCUCCCUUACACUUGGCCAGACUCUUCAAGAAAAAAGCUCCCAAAACUCCCUUCUCCAACCUCUACAUCUGCAAGCAGGUCAUGGCAGGACUUCUAUUUCUGACAGCUAUUGCCGGGCUUGCUGUCACACUUGCUGAAGAUUAUGGACCCAUGAAUGAGUCAUCGGUUAAAAAAAAUCCUGCUGUGCUUUACGUUAAUCCUGUGCUGUUUGGAGUCUCUUGGGUUUUGGUGAUGCUCAUCCAGGAAGCUGUGCGACGCAAAGAGAGAGCCGUCGAUUCUGCAAGCCUCUUUCUGUUCUGGCUGCUGUUGGUCAUCUGUGAUGUCUUUCCUUUCCAAACCCUUCUAAGAGAUGCAUUAAAACAGGACAGCAUAGCAGAUCUCCCCAGGUUCUGUCUUUUCUACAUCGCCUAUGCACUUCAGCUGGUGGCUUUGGUUUUAUCAUCCUUUGCUGAUGUUCCACCUGACCUUAAGGAGGUGGCAAAAAAGAACCCUGAAGCUGGUGCUCCAUUUCUUAGCAGAAUCACUUUCAACUGGUUUAACUGGAUGGUCUUCAAUGGCUACAAAAGGCCGCUGGAGCAGGAGGACAUGUGGGAGUUGAACGAGAAAGACAGCACAAGCUACAUCACCCAGAAGUUUGAGGCGAUCAUGAAAGGAGAGCUAAGCAAAGCUCGGGAAAGGCUGCAGAAGAAACAGAGCAAGAAGAAAAAAUCUACACCGAAGCCUGAUCGUGACCACAAUGGCCUGGCCAAGGGAGUCAGUCAGGAUAUCCUGGUCAUGGAGGAGAGAGGAGAAGAGACCGAAAAGAAGAAGAAAAAGAAGAAAAAAAAGGACGGUGCUUCGAAUUAUCCCGACUCCUGGCUGGUGCUCACCAUUAUGAAAACCUUUAAGUGGCUACUUAUAGAGUCUGCUAUCUACAAACUGUUACAAGACCUUCUUUCAUUUGUGAGUCCACAGCUGCUCAAGGUCAUGAUAUCCUUCACUCAGGACAAAUCUAUUUAUACAUGGUGGGGUUACCUUUAUGCUGUACUGCUCUUGGUUGUGGCAAUUCUUCAGUCCUUGUUCCUCCAACAGUAUUUUCAGCGCUGUUUUGCUCUGGGUAUGCAAGUACGCACGGCUAUCAUGGCAGUCGUGUAUAAGAAGGCACUGGUCAUGUCUAAUAAUGCAAGGAAGGAGUCCACUGUAGGAGAAACGGUCAAUCUGAUGUCAGCCGAUGCUCAACGCUUCAAUGACGUCACUAACUUUAUCCACCUGUUGUGGUCGUGUCCACUGCAGAUUUGUGUGUCUAUAGCAUUUCUGUGGAUUGAACUGGGGCCUUCUGUGCUUGCUGGCCUCUUGGUGAUGUUGCUUAUGGUUCCCAUUAAUGGGUUACUAGCCACCAAAUCCAGGUCUCUCCAGAUGGAAAACAUGAAGUUUAAAGACAAACGCAUGAAAAUGAUGACUGAAAUUUUGAACGGCAUCAAGAUUCUUAAGCUUUAUGCUUGGGAGCCGUCUUUCCAGGCUCAGGUUCAAGAUGUUAGAGAGAAGGAGUUGAAGGUGAUGAGGAAGUUUGCCUACUUGUCAUCCGUCUCCACCUUUAUCUUCUCCUGUGCUCCAGCCCUGGUGUCACUGGCGACCUUUGCUGUUUUCGUGUCUGUCAGCCCGGAUAAUGUCUUAGAUGCACAGAAAGCUUUUACGUCCAUCUCUCUCUUCAACAUCCUGCGUUUCCCUCUGGCCAUGCUCCCCAUGCUGAUUUCCUCCCUUGUACAGACAACCGUAUCCAAAAAAAGGCUGGAGAAGUUUCUUGGUGGAGAGGAUUUGGACACAAUGGCAGUGCAGCACGCAGAUAACAAAGGCACAGCAGUAAGCAUAAGCAAUGGCACUUUUACUUGGGGGAUCGAAUCCGAACCAGCUCUGAAGAAUGUGUCUCUGGAUAUUAAACCAGGUCAUCUUGUGGCUGUGGUGGGAGCAGUGGGUUCGGGCAAAUCCUCACUGAUCUCAGCUCUGCUCGGGGAAAUGCACAACCUCUCUGGCUCAGUCCACAUCAAGGGAUCUGUAGCGUACGUGCCACAGCAGGCCUGGAUUCAGAACGCUACUUUAAAGGAUAACAUCCUGUUUGGCUCGGAUAUAGACGAGCAGAAGUUCCAGACUGUAGUGGAAGCCUGUGCAUUACAGCCAGACCUGGAAUUACUUCCUGGAGGAGCUCAGACUGAAAUCGGAGAGAAAGGCAUCAAUCUGAGUGGAGGGCAGAAGCAGCGAGUGAGUCUGGCUCGAGCGGCCUACAGCUGUGCGGAUGUGUUCCUGUUGGACGACCCGCUCUCUGCCGUUGACGCUCAUGUGGGGAAACAUCUGUUUGAGAGGGUGAUUGGACCAAACGGCCUGCUUAAAAAUAAGACUCGUAUCCUGAUAACUCAUGGGAUCAGCUUCCUGCCACAUGUUGAUCAAAUAGUUGUCUUAGUGGAUGGCGUUGUGUCAGAAAUCGGGUCGUACAACAGUUUACGUGCCAGUAAAGGAGCUUUUUCUGAGUUCUUGGACACAUAUGCUAAAGAAGAGAACAAGUCUAAUGCACAAAAAGAAUCAGUUUCAGAUAUCGAGGAGGUUGACAUUGUUCCUGAGAGUCAAGAGCCACAACCUGACAGUCCUGUUGAGGAUGUAGUCUCUGUCACGUUGAAGAGAGAAAACAGCUUACGUCACAGUCAGCGCCAUGCAAUGCGCAAUGGAAGCAUAAAAGUAAGAAGGAACAGCUCAGCUAGACCUAAAAAAGGUGCAGAAGAGUCCAAGAAAGGGCAGCGGCUGAUUGAAAAGGAAACAAUGGAGACUGGAAAGGUCAAAUUCUCUAUGUAUCUGCAAUACCUGAGAUCUGUUGGCUGGGGCUUCACCACCAUGUUCAUUAUAGUUUACUUCAUCCAAAAUGUAGCCUUCAUAGGUCAGAACCUAUGGCUGAGUGAGUGGACCAAUGACGCUAUGAAGUAUCCCAAUGGAAGCAGCUACCCUGCCCAUAUUAGAGAUAUGAGAAUUGGGGUCUUUGGAGCACUUGGAGUGGCACAAGGGUUUUUGGUGUUUCUGGGUACUUUGCUCCUGGCUGACGGGACAAUUCGUGCCUCCAGAAUUUUACACACUCGAUUACUGUCCAACAUCCUCAGAGCACCCAUGCUGUUCUUCGAUACCACGCCGUCAGGAAGGGUGGUGAACCGCUUCGCAAAAGACAUGCUUACCCUGGACGAGAUGAUCCCCAUGUCUUUACGUUCUUGGAUCCUCUGUCUGUUUGGUGUCCUUGGCACCUUAUUUGUCAUCUGUCUUGCCACUCCACUUUUCACAGCAAUCGUGGUGCCUCUUGGUGUGGUCUAUUACUUUGUGCAGAGGUUCUAUGUGGCCACUUCAAGGCAGCUGAGGCGAUUAGACUCUGUUUCCCGUUCUCCCAUCUACUCCCAUUUUGGAGAAACGGUAGCUGGUCUUUCUGUCAUUCGAGCUUACAGACAUCAGGAGCGUUUUAUGGAACACAACAAAGUCACUAUUGAUAACAACCUCAAGAGCAUCUACCCUUGGAUUGUUUCUAAUCGAUGGCUAGCCAUCCGGCUGGAGUUCCUGGGUAAUCUGGUGGUGUUUUUCUCAGCAUUGUUUGCAGUGAUAUCUCGAGAUUCCCUGGACAGUGGGUUGGUUGGACUAUCCAUCUCCUAUGCCUUAAAUGUGACUCAAACACUGAACUGGCUUGUGAGAAUGACAUCAGAGCUGGAGACAAACAUUGUGGCAGUGGAACGGAUCAGCGAAUACACAGAUAUUAAAAAUGAGGCUCCAUGGCUCACGGAUAUAUGUCCUCCAAAUGAUUGGCCCACUGAAGGGAAGAUCCGAUUUGAGAACUACAAGGCCAGAUACCGACCGGAGCUGGAGCUUGUUCUUCAUGGCGUCACCUGCAACAUUGAAAACACUGAAAAGAUUGGCAUUGUUGGCCGGACAGGAGCAGGCAAGUCCAGCCUGACCAACUGUCUGUUCCGCAUCAUGGAGGCAGCCGAGGGACAUAUCAUAAUAGACGGCGUCGACAUCUCCACCCUGGGCCUCCACACUCUCAGGAACCGAUUAACCAUUAUUCCACAGGACCCAGUGCUGUUCUCUGGGACUCUACGGAUGAAUCUAGACCCUUUUGAGGUGUUCAGUGAUGAGGAGAUCUGGAAAGUUUUAGAACUGGCUCACCUGAAGGAUCAUGUGGUGACUCUGCCAGCACGGUUACAGCAUGAAGUCGCAGAAGGAGGAGAAAAUCUCAGCGUGGGCCAGAGGCAGCUGCUAUGUCUGGCUAGGGCUUUGCUACGGAAGUCAAAGAUCCUGAUCCUGGAUGAGGCCACGGCUGCUGUUGAUUUAGAGACAGAUGAACUGAUUCAGAGCACCAUCACCCGAGAGUUCUCCCAAUGCACUGUGCUCACCAUCGCCCACCGCAUCCACACCAUCAUGAACAGCACACGGGUGAUGGUUCUGGAUGCUGGGAAAAUUGUGGAGUUUGAUUCCCCAAGUGUACUGUUUGACAAGAAGGGUCACUUUUAUGCCCUGGCUAGAGAAGCUGGAAUCUCAUCGCUGCAAUAUUCAGUGCUGUGAACUUUAUAGCAGUGCUGAAAUGAGAUUGUGUAGGUUUUAUUGUGUUCAAUGAUGCUUUCUGACCAUAAGCAAGGAAGAAAUGUAACUAUUAGUCUCUCUGAAAUAUGAACCUUCACUAGUUAAAGUUAACAAAGCUGUAAAAACUUCAUGUUGGUUUCUAGCUAAUAUUCAAUAUGCUUUGAUUUUAUUUGUAUCACAUUUUUAUCAAUAGCAGCUUUGCAGGAAAUCGUACGUACAUCCUUAACGAACAAACAAGAGGUGACAAUGACAAGGAAAAGCUAUAAAAAUAGAGUUGAUCCUUCUAGUGAGUACAGUGGAGUGUCCCAUGAAUGUUUUGUUUACUUUCUUCAAGGCCAUUAAUAUGGUCUUUAACGUAACUGUCCUUGUAAGAGUGGUUACUGCAUAGACAGCAAAGUUCAUGUUUGCCAAUUUGUGUGUAAGAUCUGUGUGUAUUAGUGUGCAUGUAUACAUGUUUCUUUUUGCAUAUACUGUAAACAGGGUAUGCUAUAUAUAUAUAUGCAAGUAAUGUGCACAUACAUGUUUAAACUGUAAGAAUGCAUUCGUCUUAGCUGUUUUUUUUUCAAUAUCUACAUUAUUUAUGAAUGUGCCUUUUUUUUAUAAGCCAUUAAUUCAAUAAAUUGUUUUAAAUUUA